CCACCAGUUUUCCCAGCCACUGGGCUCGCAGUUGUUUCUCUCACCAGCACCCCGCCGAACCUACCUCUCGCUUUCUCCUGCUCUCCCUCGGCCGUGCGAAAUAAGCACGGAGCAGAGAAAUAAGCACCUACUUAAAUUGGUUAUAUACAUUGGAGCAAGAGUGAGUAAACACCACCACGGUACACAUAUCCAAAGGAAUUGAUUGGUGCUGGCUAGCUUGGCUGGCAUUGUUUCCUGCAUUUAUGGACACCUUGUACAAUUGCUGGAUAACUCAUCAUCUACAAUAAAUAAGCUGUAAAAAUAAGAUAUAUAUUUAUUUAUUUAUUUGUGUGUCGCCUGGUUGUGACGCUGUCGGUGUAUGUGUGCGAGUGAGUCGAGGAAAUCUCUCGUGUUCCCGUGUGUCCACUCCGUAUAAAUAAAUAUGUUGACUAGGAAGCCAGGAGGAGAAAGUCGUGUGUAAUGCAUGAGAAGUAAUAUUGGAUUCUGCUGCUGGUACUGGAUAGUCUCACCAGCCACAGAUAUCACAUAUAUCGAACAUAUAUGUGUGCAUAUACGGCAAAAAUUUAUGAGACAUGACUUGUCAUGGACAUGUGUGCCCUUUGUUUAAUGAUACUUGGCAGUUUUGUAUCAACCGAAAGGAAAAUAAAAUAUAUAUUGGAGUUCAAGUGGAGGAAAAAUGUUAUGUGAGGACUGCAGCCAACGUUGUGUGUAUCACUCAGGUGUAAAUCAGUGCAGGUCUCGCCACUCACUGGAUAACUUCAUGGUCUCUAAAUAACCACACACACAAUGUAAAAGUCGCAUUAUCUGAGGAAUGAAAAAUUUCAUCUUUAAAUUCAUACGGUAACAAGUUCAUCUUUUCUGCAAAGAGAUCUCUACAUUCGAAAUCCGGAUUUUUUACCCGAGCUCCACAAUUGUGAUUCUCUUCUCUGCGGCGAAAUCCUCUUCGCGAAAACAUCCAUGACAAGUGAGAUGACGGGGGAAGAAGAAGAGAAAGCUCAACUAUAUACAAAUUCUACUUACUUAGUCGACCGUAUCUAAGGGGGAUUUGGACUCGUUGACUUACAAACUUUCUCCAAUGCGUACAACAAUGCUUUUUUGAGUAUUGGGUGGGCAGCUGCUUGUGCCAACGAGUUGGAUUUAACGUGACAAUUCCAGAUACACUUUUUUCCCAACACUUUAAACUAAUCUUGACAAUUGAGCUAUACCUACAUCCAUAAAACUGAAUUAGUGCUGACAACUUUCCUCGACAAUAAUGGGAAAGUAUUUGCGUUUCACCCGAAACAAUGAGGACUAAACUUAGCUUCAUAAAGUGGUUUCGCUCCUGCAUACAUCUGGUUUACAUCGGUGUAGACUGACUUUAAUGUGCAACUGUUGGUAGAUAGUGAAUUUAUCUUGUGACAAUAAAAUAUCAACCUUUUUUAACUUGUGCAUAAAGCAUUACAUAUCUAUCUAAGUAUUUCAGAAAUAACUUUUUUUCCAUAUUUUUCCUAAUCAUUCAUGAAUUAGGGUCUAAAAUAGUAAUGGCUCAACAAUCAGUAUAUUGAAGGUUCAGAGUGAUACUCGUCUAAUUACAUAUGCAAUCUAUAAAUGAUUGCAAGACUCCAACACAAGUGAAAGAUUGUGUCAAGAACAUUGAGUCAAAAUUUGAUGCACUGAAAUAAGCGGACAAAAAAUGAUGCACUAUAACAAUUUACAACUUAUUUAAUACCAAUUUCUCAAUGAUUAAUAUCAUAUCCAUCACCGUGAUCAAACAAUUAGUGUCAGUUACUAUUUAUUACUUAUGCAAAUCAUUUCCAGUGGUUCGAAGAUAUCAGUCACUGCUCCACGAAUAAAAUAAUUGGUCUGUCAAAGUUUUGUAGAAAGGACUCAGUCGGAAGGAAGGACUCAGUUUGACAAAGAAUUUGAGACGUUGGUUGCGGAGUAAGCCUUGCAAAAUUUUGGCCGAGUAGUUGGGCAAAGUAGAUUGAGUAUUAUUCUCCUUCCUCUUCUGGAAGGUAGUGAAACUUAGGAAAUUGACAUGAGAGAUAAUAGAGACGAGAAAGUUUAGAAUUGAAUUAAUUCUGUCCUCCAAAGGAAAUCAUAUUGAAAUAAGUUCACGAAUAAAGUUCAAAUUUAUUUUGUGAUUGUGUGACGCAUUUGUAAUCUCUGCGGAAGUUGGUCGAAUCCCCAUAAAACCACUGGCACGUCUCAUCCAUUCCUCGAGGGAGAAAGAAGUGGAAUAUCACACAUUCUGUCUUUCGAAGGAGCAGGAAUGCGGAGGAAUACUUGCUUACAGUCACUCAAAGCCAAUCUUCUUUAAUAUCCUUUUGGGUUUUUGAAGUCUAACUAGACCAAAAGAACCAAAAACAGGAGACUUGUUUCUCCCAACUAAACUGCACACACUACUUACUUUGUACCUUUAACUCGCUAACUACUCCAUGAUGCUAUACACUCUGACUUUUGGGAAUGUAACGAUGACUGGGAUUACACUAACUUGAAAGAAAGCUCAACAUGUCUAUUUACACCUUUAUUGGUUUCUUUGAACCCGUACUUCCCUCACAAAUUCCUCCGUUAUAUGAAACAAGCAAUCAAACAUUUUAUGUGUUGCGGUAAUUCAGUAACUUCCGCUACCUACCGCUGAGCUGUUAUGUACAUGCUCUCCAGAAAGGACGCGGCAUUCAUUUCUUCAUACAAUCUACACAAGGAGAAAGCCAUACUACAAUUUGAACCAAUCACUAUGUGGAAACUACGGUAGCCAUAUAUCAAGAGAUCGGUAAUGCUGAUGAAAGAUAAGCAAAGGCCACCAUUUUAUGUUCCAAGAAAGUAUUAAAGGAAAAAAUCUCACUUACAACUCCCAGCGUACUCAUCAUGGGGAAUAAUGGACAUGAAGAAGGAAAAGGCAACGCUCGGCCACAUUCCACACUUAAAUUUUUGUACAUUGGAGAAAAAUAAUUAAUGAGCAAACAGCCAUAACGGACUACUCAGUGGAGCUCUAUACUAUAUAAUCUAUAUAGUAGCGAGGGUUGUGUAGCACUGCGGAAGAUGGACGCUAGCCUGCCUGCAUCUGGAAGCAAUGGAAAGCAUGAAGAAAGUUGGGAUGUGGAAAUGGUGUCAGAGGAGAAAAUUGAGAAUCGAGUCGCAAUCCCUGAAAAAUUGCCCAUUUCAUUUCCAACCGACUCUACAGCUACAGCUACAACGAUAUCGUCCUCAACUGCAACAAUUGUGAGCCACGAAGACGCCAAGCUAGAGAACGUGGAUGGAGAGAUUUUGGUGUGUAUGGAAAAAUUGGGAACUCGUCUCAACGUGCUAGAAUCUGAGCUCCGUUACGCGUGGAGGGCAUUAGAUCUGUUGUCACAAGAGUACGUGAUCAUGUGGAAUCGAAUGGAGAAGGCGGAAAGCCUACUGACCCAGCAACAAGCAAUUAUAUCGAAAAUGAUGGAGGAACAGGCCGAAGAAUCCGAGGAAGCUCGGGAACUGUUUUUAUCACGGCGUAAGAGGGACGGGAGUGACGACAGAGGAGGAGGCUCGUCUAGUAAAGGAAAUCAUUUUUCUUCACACCUUUCGAGCUCUUCCUUGGGAGGUCAUGCAACCCGUGCGACAAGAACUCCUGAUGAAGCAUUUUAUCUAAAUUUGAAUUUGGCCCAUCAAGGUGACGAGGAAGAGGUAGAAUUGGGGACUGAGCAAGAACUCUCGUUGAUUUGGGAAGAGGAUGGCGACGCUACAGAGAAAGGCUCAAGCUCUCCUCCGGGAGCCACAGACCCAACUGGAAGUAAAGAAAUAUCCCCUCCCACGACCAUCGCUACUCCUGCUCCUGUUAGUCUUGGUGGUGGUGGCGGAGAAAGUGAUAAAGUAAUUGCGAGGAAUGUCGAAGAGAAGGGUCUGCUCUUAUUUAACGAAGAUAGUUUCGAAGUUGUAGAGAGCAGUGCGACUGGUGGUGGUGGUGGUGGAGAACACGUUAUCGAGGAUGAAGACAACUACCAAGUUGAUCGGAAAGUGAGGAAAUUGGACACUGGAGAUGAAGAUGAAUCCCGAAGAAUUUUUAGUGCUUUGGAUUAUAAGGAUUAUCGUGGAUCCCAGAGAUCUCCGACCAUAAGUGAAAAGGACUUGAAAGACUUGGAGGAACUCUCGGCAAUUAGCUCGUUAGAGACUAAAGACAUAAUAGACAAUCUCGAUAGACAUGGAGGGAAAGUACAUCAUCAGUUUCACCAUCACCACCACCACCACCACUCCCAGCAGCAGGCGUCCAAACUUGAUUCAUCGUCCCCACCUAGUCCCGCAAAGUCUUCCUCUUCUUCAUACUCUGUGUUCCGGAAUGGAAAUAAAUCGCUCUAUGAAAGCCCGCAACGGCGAAUCAAGGCCACACGACAGCAACAGAGGGAAAGGCAGCGAAGUGCUUUGGAAGAGAGUUUCCGUCAACUCUAUGCAGAUCUGGACCUACCCGAAGAUGAUCAACACACAACGACCACCAGCGUAACGACAACGAUGACCUCACAAAAAUCUGAACCCAUCGGAACCUGCUCAAAAUUAAGUUCAAGCAGCCCUGUGCCAAUGGAUAUAAGUUCAGACCGUAGUAGUAGUGCUUUGUCCAACAGCAACAGGGCGACGUCUCCGAGUAGUAGACAAACUUCGUCACUGAACGACUUUAUCUUAAAUCAAGAACUUUUAAUAAGGGAUGCCUUAAGAGACGCUUCUGGAACGACGUCCCCAUAUCAACUCAGCUCUCAUCACUCGGAAAGUGAACCCAACACUGACCAAGAAGUGAACGCUGCAUUGUUGGGCACAAACUAUGACCCUUUGGGUCGCAUCGUUUCUUCCUCUACUCCAUCGUCAAGUGCUCCCACAUUCUCCAGUAGCUCAUCUCAGUUCUUGACUGGCAGUAAUACCGCCGCUAUCGGCAGACACGCUACUGCAUCCCCCACACCACCUCGAACCCGUCAGGACGGGUACAUCGGGGUUCCCUCAAGUUCUUACACAAACGUUGCGAGUCCUGUAAGAAGUCCUUGCCCAGAAAGCCCCAGAUUAUCCGCCCAUCACGAAACAUACUCAAGUCCUCCAAAGGGAAGAAGCAGCCCGAUGACAUUGUUAUAUUUUUCUGAUCCAACUUCAUCCAACGCUUCCCAUCAUCGUGAUCGAUAUCCAGAUUCCCACGAAACUUUGGUGAAAGAGGGGACAGCCGCCGCGUUGCAAAUGGCAACAAGAGUCCACAUUGCGAGCCCUAUUCCCGAGUAUUCGGCCAUGAAUGAUUUGUCCAUAUCUAUUUCGCCAUCCGUGCGAAGAACACCAACUGGCCUAGACACCAACCUGGGAGAUGGAAUGCAAGAUAGCGUAAAUAUUAGACCAAGCCCUAAAUCACCCAAACCUUCAAAAGCCUCGUUAAUGCAUGCCAGAUCCGAUUCAGGAGUAUCUGAAAUGAGUAACUGGUCAAGCAUUGAAAAGGAAAGGUCACCAACGAGUCCUUCAAGAUAUGCGACAUCCGCUCCACCAACCCAACCACCAUCUUAUCAACCCAUUCACGGAGGGGGCCUUCACCACACAGCUCUGUCUCCUAACCCUGCGAGUCCAAUAAUGGGUCAUCAUGGCAGAAUAAGUCCUCGACAUGCUCACCAUCUCGACUUUGCCAGUAGGGAUGAGAGCACAUCCGAAGGAAUGUUGCCAGAUGUGACAAUAGCAACCUCGCUUUCUCCUGCUGCUGCCUCUGUUGAUAAUCAGAUUGAAUUCAGUACAUCGCCCAGGGAUCGGUUGCCCUAUAGAGUUGGAGCUGAUACAGAUAAUAAUGAAAUUUUACCCGACCUCGCCUCAGCCUCAAGUAAUCGUCCAUCUCCACGAACUAGUUCUAGAAAUAUGGGCACUGUCUCCCCCAGUUUGAGUGAAAAAGUGUACGAUGUGAAAAGUGACGUGGACUUUCAGCGCCAGGACAUGGUGGCGAUGGUAUUAGCCCGAGAACGUGAACGAGAGCGUGACUUAAUUACUGGGUCUGGAGAGACUCCUUCCUCCACAGCAACAAUAGGAUUGGACAGUUUAUACAAAAGUGUUGGGUACGGAAGUCAAGUAGUAGCUCCUGGAGGUGAAGCAAUGAUAGGAGGUCCUCAUCAUGCUCCUGCUACUUGUACUACAACUGGCGGAAGCGCCUCGUCUCCGUAUCUCGGGAGAAAUCGAUGGGGCACCGCAGAGAGAACCAGCUACGGUCGUGACGUGAGUACAAAACCCAUUCGACCCUACAUGCCAGGGAGCGACUCGGAUGGCUCGGAGUCUAGCAUUUACAGUUAUUUGGAAUCUUCCCAUUACCAUACGCGAGUGAAACAUGCAAGCCCACAAUCAGUGACUUAUUCUACAUAUGACCACAUUCGUCCAAGACAUCACUAUUCUCCUUCCACGUAUGAAAUAGAACGAGAAAGGGAGUUCUUAGAUAGGGAGAUGAGGAAUCGGGCAGUGUACAACAAUGAGAAAAACUUCUAUGCCCCCUCCGUUCCAUCCACGUAUUACACGGCGAGCAAGUACGGCUGCUACGAAAAUCCAUCCUACACGGUGACUGAGCCUGGGGAACUCAAGUGGUCACAGGAGUCUCAUGAUCACAGCCACCGUUACCAAACAACAGCCGAGCAACAACUUCAAUAUUCUCUACGAAGCAGUACCAUUGAUCCAAAUCUUCAACACAAUAUCAUGACCUCAUCAACUGCAAUAUCAUCCCCAGGAAAAUUUGAUAAUAAUUUUUCCUACAGACCAGAUCAGCCCAGUCACCAACUUCAGCAAAGAUUAGCUGGCACAGAAUACGGUGGGGCUGGUCAACCUCAUCAUUAUGAAACCACCCCCGUUAGUGGCGGUGUUCGUCCACCAGGAACUGCACCCUCACGACAAGGAGGAGGAUAUGAAUUGCGACAACAACAAUAUUUUGGUCCACCUCAAACCGGUGGAUAUUUGCAAUCUCGGGCUGGAUACGUUUCGAUAAGUUCUGCAUCGGGUGGUGGCGGCAGCCGUGAAGGUGUCACUUCAUCCGACAACCAAGACAUGAACGCCAAACAGCAAAGUGCUACCGCUACAAAGCGAAAUAAACCAAAACGAAGUGCUAGUUUAAAGUCUGCCAUGAACACGGUUGGAAAAUGGGUUCAGCAGGAUUUGCACAUAACUUUGCCCAAAAAGGAACGUUCAAGAUCGCUGUCGGACAGUGAGAAGCCGGAUAUUCAGAAGCAGUACAGUGGUCACUCUCAUGCUCCUUCUACUCCUCCAACGUACGGUAGCAGCAGUAGUGGUACACCGGCAGGGACGCUGAAGAAGAAAAAGCGGCACUCAAUGUCCAUUGUCACGAAUAUUGCUACCUUAGUGCACAAGGCUAAAAAGUGGAGCAGUCAGUCAGAAGAUUCUGAAGUCUCAGAAUCAGAACAUCAAUACCGUGGCGGUUACUACCGUCCCAAAUCUGUUGACACUUCCCCACGCGGAAAAAGUUAUCUCGCGGUUAGAUCUGGAGUUGGUCGUGGUGGUCGUUCUUACGAAGCUUCGGAAAGCGACUUGAGCGAAUCUAGUCUAUUUCCAAAAGUAAAAUCAUCCAAUCGCAGAACAAUGUCUGAAGGCUCCGGUACUGAGACUGAUCUUGAACUGGAUAGACUUCCAGAUUUAGCACAAGAGCUUUUCACCACUAUUGGAGAUGUAAAGAAGCAACCACCACCUUUGCCGCCACCGCCAGGUCAGCAAGGUGAAAUUAGCGGAGGAGGAGGAGGAGGAAGUGGUGGCAGCGGUAGUGGCAGUCAGCGAAGUUCCAUGAAUUUGGAAAAGCACCAACCUGGUAGCCCGUUAAUUUCCCCAACGAGCGGAGAAGGAAAGUUCGCCACAAUGGGCAGUGGAACAGAGUUCGCCGCUUCGUUACGCGUUGGUAAAUAUCGACAAAGACAAGCCGCAACAAAUGGAUCAGGGACGACGACGACCAUUAAUAACCGUCAGCAGGCACCUUAUCCUGGCGCUAUGCAGCAGCAGCAUCCUCAAAUUCAAAGAGCAGAUUCUUUGCCUCCCCCGAGACCACCUCCGCCUCAAAGGGGUCCGAGUUUGGAUGUGAAAAAUGGUGUUCAAGAACAGACGGGCUCGGUUAGCGUAGCCCAAUCAGAAAGUACUUUGGCGGAUGAUGAUACCGCAAUUAAUUACCUCACUCAUGAAGUUGAGACUGGUGAUGAUGAUGGGAAGGUGGAGGAGCAGCAUCAGCAAUCAUUGCUGGUGUCACACUCUAUUGAUCAGAUAAAAGCUGGAGCAGCUCCAAGUGAUGAACAAGUGUUCCAUACUAAAAGUAAAUUAGAAGAGACAGACGACUUUGGAGAAUGGAGAGAAAAUGAUGGGACUGAAAUUUUUAGACAAAUCGGAAGUUUAAGUGGGAUUGCUUCCCCUCCAACUAUUCAAGCCCAAAGUGGUGACGAAACCUCGGGACCAAUAAGCGCCCCCAGUGCCACCACUCCGUUUAUGAUGAUGACAACUGCAGAGCCUCAGGAAUCGGUCUUUCUCCAAGGUUUCUCCAAAGGAAUUGAAAUGACAUCUCCACACUCACUCCCAUCAGAACUGCCUAUUCCUAUGACAGCAUCUCCCAUCUCAACUCAUUCACCUUCCCCGUCCGGAUUAACCUCAUCAUUCCCCACAAUUCGAACUUCCCCUCAACAACAGCCAAAAUUUGGUCUGCAACAUCAGUCUUCACUCUCAAACAAAUCGUUUGGAGAUUCGGAUAUGGGAAGUUCAUCUGAUUCGGCUCGUCUUUCUUUAUCCUCAAAAAAUCGAUUGGAUCUGCCAUCCCAGAGAACGCUCUCUGAAGAAGAAGACUCACGAUCAACCCAUUCAAUGAGAAGUUCCAGAGUCUCCUCCAGAAGACAAAGCACGGAGGACAGCAUAGACAGCGACGAUAUGUGGUACAAAUAUGAAUUGCAAAAACUGGAAGAAUUAGAAAAACAACAAAUUGCUGCAAUUGACUCGCAGCCAACCUCCAUCGCCAACUUUCCCCAAACACAACUCCGCUUUCAACAGUACACGUAUGUCAAUGCCAUGGGGGCACAUUCCUACUCGCCCAACCAAGCCCCAAUGUCUGCCACGGUGGAUAUGAAGGAACGGAUGGGACUUGUUCUUCAAGAACUGCUAAUUAAAACCUCUCCUGAGCCACCUGACAUGAAAGGCGGUCCGGACUCUACGACUGCUGAUGAAAUUGUCCCGUCAAACCAAAUGGAACGACGACUUUCUUUAACCAAAUCUCAACAGAGGCAAUUGCACCGUGAAGACUCCAUGGUUGAUGAGCCCCUUGGAUACGUGUCUCGUAGGAGAAAAGACCAUGAGGAUUAUGAACCUGAUCAAGAUUCCGAGACAACUUCCAACGCUUGGAAGCAAUCAGAACAUCACGGGAAAGAUCGCCCGGAUUCUGGCAGAGGAUCCAUAGACUUUGGUUCCAUGAUCGAGCCACCACCGGCAGAAAUUGGCUUAAGGAUUGGCAUUGCGAUUGAAUCCAGCAAAAAGCAGCAGCAACAACAGCAACAACAACAACAGAGUGGUCUAUACUAUCAAGACUCUUCAAGUGUAAAAAGUUCAGAGUCAGCUUUUUACAGUGGAGGUGAUCAGACACGAGGAGAUACAACAGGAGAGGAACGCCCAUCCAUCAGCCUUCCCUCCUCUUCCUCCAUCGGAGACAAUGUAUGGCACUCGGAGAAAAGAGACGAUGACGACGAUGGGUCGCAUCACGGGAAAGAGAAAGUUCGUGGUGGAACUUCAUCCGGGGAGACGAGUGGUCCAGAUACUCCCCAAGAGAGCUUUGACGAGGAUGAGAUGCAGAUUGCCAAGGAGGAAGAAAUGAUAAGGAAACACUUAAAAUUAGUCAAAGAAGGAAAAGACGCAGAGGAAGACGAGGAGGAGGAGGAGGAAGUGGAACAGCAUCCGCAACAGCAGCAACUGGAUGAGGACGAAUACGGAGAAAGUCAUGAUUACGAGAGAAAGGAAUCUGUUGAGUCGUAUCAACCGCAAUCGCCACCAAUGGAGAAAGGUGAAGGCAGUGUCGGCGAGGGAUGUUAUGAGACGGAAGAUGCAUUUGAUGAAAGUUUCCCAGCUCAAGCUCCCGGAGCAAUCUCGAGUGGACCAGGCACUGGUACAGGCACUCCUGUUGAAACCAGUCGGCGAGAAUCCACCCAAAGCAUGGGUCUCUCAAUCUCCAGGAAAUUCAUGGAUAUGUUUUCUAUGGGCGAACUAAAGAAAGUGACCACCUCGGAAGAAGACGAAAGGGACAGAGUUAAACGAGACAGCACAAGCGGGUCUCCUCCUGACGCCCAACAGUCUCUUGAGAGGAGAGAAAGUGCAGAAGGGCAUCCAAAUAAAGGGAUGUCAGCAAUAUCUAUGUCGAUUGAUGACGAAGGAAUGGCGGGUGAGGGUGGGGGCCCUGGUGGUUUGGGAAGCAAGUGGGGUUUCCUAAAAACUCUCAAAGAAAAAAAGGCAGAAGAAAAAACAAAUGCUGCUGCCGUUGCUCAACUCCAAGCCGACAUUUUGAGUGGCGGAGUUGGAGGAGAUGGAUCGGGACGAGGCAGUGGGAAUUUGGGAGAGACAAAUCCUUUCUACUCCACCAUCGACAGUAUGCCUGACAUUCGACCCAGGAGGAAAUCAAUUCCAUUAGUUUCCGAGCUGGUUCUCAAGACAAUGGCAGCAACCAAGCGGCAGGCCGCUGGUCUAACCAACGCCAUUCCACGUGCUACGCUUAACGACGAAGAAUUGGAAUUGAAAAUGCACGUGUACAAGAAAACUCUGCAAGCCCUUAUAUAUCCAAUUUCAAGUACUACCCCACACAAUUUUGUCCUCUGGACGGCCACCUCGCCCACGUACUGCUACGAGUGCGAAGGACUCCUUUGGGGAAUCGCAAGACAGGGAGUCCGUUGCACUGAAUGUGGUGUCAAAUGUCACGAAAAGUGCAAGGAUUUACUAAACGCCGACUGUCUUCAAACCGGAUUUACGAGAGCGGCUGAGAAGAGUUGCAAACACGGCGCAGAGGACAAGGCAAAUAGUAUCAUCACGGCAAUGAAGGAAAUCAUGAAACAACGAGAGAGGCAGAAACCGGAAAUAUUCGAGCUCAUCAGGAACGUGUUUUCUGUAGAAGAGAAAACUCAUUGUGGGCACAUGAACAAAAUAAAACAGUCUGUGUUAGACGGGACUAGUAAAUGGUCUGCUAAAAUAGCCAUCACAGUAAUUUGUGCACAAGGACUAAUUGCGAAAGAUAAAAGCGGCACUUCAGACCCGUAUGUGACCGUGCAAGUCGGAAAAGUGAAGAAGCGAACCAAAACGAUGCCUCAAGAACUCAAUCCAGUUUGGAAUGAAAAAUUUUAUUUCGAAUGCCACAACUCAUCAGACCGAAUAAAAGUAAGAGUUUGGGACGAAGACAACGAUCUCAAGUCCAAAUUGAGACAAAAGCUUACACGCGAAAGUGACGAUUUCCUGGGCCAAACGAUAAUUGAGGUUCGUACUCUAUCUGGUGAGAUGGAUGUCUGGUAUAACUUAGAGAAGCGAACGGACAAAUCUGCAGUGUCUGGAGCUAUCCGAUUGCAUAUAAGUGUGGAGAUCAAAGGAGAAGAAAAGGUCGCGCCUUAUCACGUACAAUACACUUGCCUUCAUGAAAAUCUUUUCCACCAUUUGUGUGAGAUUAACAUCGGGAUGAUGCCACUCCCUUCUGCGAAAGGGGACGAAGCUUGGAAAGUUUACUUUGAAGAUCCUGCUCAAGAAAUUGUGGAUGAAUUUGCAAUGCGAUAUGGGAUUGAAGCAAUUUAUCAAGCCAUGACGAACUUCCACUGUUUGUCCACAAAGUACUUAUGCAACAGCGUGCCAGCAGUAAUGAGUACUCUCCUUGCAAACAUCAAUGCAUACUACGCUCACACGACUGCAACAUCCGCAGUAUCCGCGUCAGAUCGAUUUGCUGCUUCAAAUUUUGGCAAAGAAAAAUUUGUCAAACUUCUCGACCAGCUUCACAACUCACUUCGUAUUGAUUUAUCGAUGUACAGAAACAACUUUCCAGCCUCCAGCAAUGAAAAACUUAUGGACUUAAAAUCAACGGUUGAUUUGUUGACAAGUAUUACCUUUUUCCGAAUGAAGGUUCAAGAGCUGUCAAGCCCACCAAGGGCAAGCACGGUUGUGAAAGAUUGUGUGAAAGCCUGCUUACGCUCAACGUACCAAUUUUUGUUUGAAAAUUGUUACGAGCUUUACUCCCGAGAAUUCCAAGUUGAUCCAAACGAGCCAAAACGUGAACCUGAUGACAAUGGACCAAGACUAGAUAGUGUUGAAUUUUGGCACAAACUGAUAGGUUUACUUGUUAGCGUAAUAGAAGAAGACAAAAAUAGUUAUGCCCCGGUUCUAAACCAAUUCCCUCAAGAACUUAAUAUCGGCCAACUUUCCGCAGCAACAAUGUGGAGUUUAUUUGCGGUGGACAUGAAAUAUGCACUAGAAGAACAUGAGCAGCACCGCUUAUGCAAGUCGUCGGCUUACAUGAAUCUUCAUUUCAAAGUUAAAUGGUUGUAUAACAACUAUGUCAAAGAAGUUCCUCCAUACAAAGGAUCCGUGCCAGAGUACCCUGCGUGGUUCGAACCUUUUGUUAUGCAAUGGUUGAACGAGAAUGAUGACGUCUCGUUAGAGUACUUGCAUGGAGCAUUUAAAAGAGACAAAAAGGAUGGGUUCCAAAAAAGCAGCGAGCAUGCCUUAUUUUCCGUGUCCGUCGUUGAUGUGUUUACUCAGCUUACCCAGUGUUUCGAUGUCGUUUCGAAGUUGGAAUGUCCGGAUCCUGAUAUUUGGAAGCGGUACAUGAAGCGGUUUGGGAAGACCAUUGUGAAAGUCUUGAUAGCAUAUGCAGAUAUUGUGAAGCAAGAAUUUCCCCAGCACACAAAGGAUGAACGAGUGGCGUGCAUACUAAUGAACAACAUCCAGCAGCUUCGUGUCCAGUUAGAAAAAUUGUUCGAGGCGAUGGGCGGAGAAAAGUUAGAGGAGGACGCAGCUAAUAUUCUCAAAGAUUUACAAUCACAACUCAACAAUGUCUUGGACGAUUUGGCAUUACAAUUCACGGAUAGUCUUGAAGGACGCAUCACUGAUAGUGUGAAGCAAUUGGGUGACUUAUUACUUGUUGUGAAGGGACAAGGACAAGUUUCCAUGUCUGCAACAAGAAAUCAAGUCGCAGCCGAAGCUGAUGAAGUCCUUCGACCACUAAUGGACCUUCUCGAUGGAUCUCUGUCCCUGUACGCACAAUCAUGUGAAAAGACUGUUCUCAAGCGGCUGCUCAAAGAACUUUGGAAAAUUGUUAUGAGAAUCCUGGAGAAGCAAGUUGUCCUGCCGCCCAUUACUGAUAAAAGCAUGCUACUAAAAAAUCUGACCAGCAAUGCUAAGAAAAUGAUGGAGAUGCCAAAUACUACUGCAACAAUGGAAAACAUGGGAAAGAUUUUUCAAAAGAAACAUGAUGUCAAAUCAGCAAUUACGGGUGUUAUGGAGUUGGAGAAGAACUUGUCCCCAAAACAAUGCGCAGUCCUGGAAGUGGCUUUGGACACUAUCAAACAGUAUUUCCAUGCUGGUGGUAACGGAUUGAAAAAGACGUUUUUAGAAAAAUCUGCAGAACUCCAGUCACUUCGCUAUGCCCUUUCUUUGUACACACAAACAACCGAUGCCCUGAUCAAGACUUUCGUCACCUCACAAACUGCUCAAGUCCCUCUGAACGACAAAAAGACGCUUGAAAUGAGAGCUUUAUCCUUUGACCGUGACGAUGAUUUGGGUGAGCCUGGGCUUGAAGAUGUUCUCAAAGCCAAGAAGCCAAAAGACGUGCGAAAAGCAGAUAUGCCAAGCGUGGAAGAGGGAAUUGUUGGAGAAGUUUCUAUCCAAGUCGAUCUGUUCACACACCCUGGCACCGGAGAGCAUAAGAUAACUGUCAAAGUUGUUGCUGCUAAUGAGAUCAAGUGGCCAGUGUCAAGUGGGAUGUUUCGGCCGUUCGUCGAAACCAACCUUAUUGGUCCCCACCUCGCUGACAAGAAAAGAAAACAAGCCACUAAAUCCAAGUCUGGAACCUGGUCUCCAAAGUACAACGAGACAUUCCACUUCAUUGUUGGGAACGAGGAACACCUUGACUGCUUCGAACUUCAUAUAUGCGUCAAGGAUUAUUGUUUUGCUCGAGAGGACAGACUUGUUGGAGUGGCCGUCAUGCAGCUUCGGGAUAUCAUGGACCAGGGUUCAUGUGCCUGCUGGCUUUCCCUGGGCAAGCGCAUCGCAAUGGACGAAACCGGAUGGACGAUUCUACGGAUUUUGGCACAAAGAAAUAAUGACGAAGUAGCAAAGGAGUUUGUUAAGCUUAAAUCAGAAGUGAGACCAGAAGAUCCACUUAUUACAAGCCAAAGUUGAGAUGCCACCAUUUCUAUUACCAUCCCCCCUCCUUCUCUGCAUAUACGUAAUCAUGGCUGAAAACAGAAAUAUUCACAAGAAAUUGUAAUACCGAAACUCGUCAUCGUUUCCCAAAGUUAAAUAAUUUCCAACUUGUUUGGAUUACUUCUACUUCAUUAAAAAAACUUGCGAGGAUCAUCUUUGCGUGUCAUCAAGUUUGAGAUUUUGCUGUGCACAAAUAAACUCGAAAACUAAUCAAGUUGCAUUCGACUGCAAGUCCUGAGGAAACCCGUCCAAAGAAAGAGCCAGAGGAAAACCUAUCUCAGCCACCUGCCUGUUGUACAAAAUGGCUAAUUUGACGCCAGGCUUUGCUGCCUAAUAAGCAGUCUCGCAGGAAAAUCAAAAGAGUGAGAAAGGAUGCAACCUGCACCAGACGUAGCAGAUCGUUUGUCUUGUAUGGCGUGGAAGGAGGAAGAAGAUGAAAGUCUUCAUCACAAAGCAGGUGGGAAUAAAAGAGGUGGAAAUAUCAUUUGGAAAGACAGGUAGACAAGUUGGUGCAGCACCACGUAUAAAAGUGAUGAGAUGAACCGACGGACCGUCAGGAAACAGCAGGGCACACAUCUUCACACCUAAACUACCGUCUUUCUUGGUGUGUAAAGAAAAGUGGAAUGUGAAUAUGUGAUGGUGCUUACAAGUCGGCCAUCGCAUACCAGUCAAAUUUAAAUCCUCUCCCUUCUUCACUCGACGCACUUUAGAGGUCACUUUAAUCCGAAAUGAAUACUUUUAAGCUAAUCCAGCAGUAUGUUCGGAUCCGAAUUAAUUCACGACUCUUUCUUCAAUUCCUUGACCAUGAUUGCAAUCACACGAGACAGGUUUUCAUCGGCAGACAGACUUAAGCAAAGAAAACAAUUUUUGGUUGAAUGGUCACAUGGACGGACGUAUUCACUUGUCGACGUUGUCAACUGGCAUGAUGUUUUCCAAGUACAAGUAAGCCUGACAGCCACAUGAAACGCGACAUGAAAACAUUGACAGACAAGACGUGGAAUAUGAUGAACUUGAAAAAUAUAUACACAUAUACAUACAACAAUGCUAUAUGGGGAUGUACAUAUAUGGAUAAGGAAUGAAUACAUCAUUAACUUUUUAAAACCCGAAUAUACAAGAACUUAUUCUGCCCAAAUCGAAAACCAUGAAAUCAGAAAAUGGUAUUACUCGGGUAUGAAUUGACGAUAAUCUGACUUGAAUUUGGUAACCCCAUGCAAAAAAAUUAAAUGUUCAAAUGCACCAUAAAAUAUACAAGUUCCAAUGUGACUCGAUUACUUGAAAAAUAGAGAUAAUCGCAACUGGCCUACCCUAAUACAAAACUGAUUUAUUAUUAAGAUGUUGACUCAUUAAACAUAAUUAGAGAUAAGUCAUAACAUUAAAGUAUUAUGAGAUUUAUAUCAUAACAUUAGAGCCAUAAUACGUGGGACAAAUUAUACGUAUGUGUGUAUGUACUUCGCAAAGUUUAAGAGUAUUAAAGUUAUGAAUAUAUCAUGGCGAUAAUGCACGAGAAAUAAUACGAUAAAUUUUCAUUGUCAGUUUUUCUUGAUAAUCUCGUAAGACGAACGUAUAAAUUUCGUCGUCAGAUGUUGUCCGAUCCCUGAUUUCAUAUUUUUGAUGAACGUACAUAAAUUGUUUUGUACUAGGUCAGCGUAUAGCGUACAUAAUUAUAAUUAAUUAUGUUAAGACUUCUCAAUCUGAAGUAGAAAGACAUUUUUCGUGGAAUACUGUAAAAUAGGUAUGAAAUAACUUUGCAUACAUAUCUUGCAUCAAUAAUAAGCUUCUGCAAAUAUUAUGGUCGUUAUAACGCGAAGAGAGUGUUCAUGUUGCGCUUUUAAGAACUCGAAUGUUUUACCAAAAUCUCCAAUAAUUUGUACUUGCUCUCAUAAUUUUAGCUUCUAGCAUAAGGAAAGGACUUAUCGCUGCACUUUUUUAUAAUUGAUAUGCUGCACACUAAUACACGCGUUACUCUUCCUCCAUUACGACGUAAUGUGCAUUAUUACGAAUAUUUUGUUCAGAUUCCGUAUUCCUCAUCCAUUCCACAUCCUCGACCUCAAAAAUAGAAAAUGUCCAUAAUAUUUUUGAACAAUAAAAAAUUAUUACCCAUUUGAAACUUAAAUUUCAACAAAUUUGUCAUUUUGAAAGGCAAAUUUACGUGGCUUAUUAAGUACCAUUUUUGAAAAUUUUGCUACUGGAUCAGUUGUGAAGAAUUGUGUUAAAAUAGAGAUGCUGACCAGGAAUUUACCAAAGUUUGCAGAAGCUUUAGCCUGAAAAUGAUAAUAAUGCACCUGAUGAAAUAAGCUACCUAGAGGAGCAACUAAUAAUUUAUUUCGUCUCGAGUAAUUAGUUGGACCAGAUAUUAAUUAAUUAAUUUAUACAACCACCUCUCUCACCUGUAUAAACGUAAUUUUACAGCAGUACCCUCUAAAUAAGUAGAAUUGCACGGUGCUACCUACCACCAUUUUGUGAGACGCAGAAUAUUUACACAUAUGAUAUGCUGGCAUAAAUGAAACGGAGGUGCUUGUUUAUAACUUUGGAAGGUGCAAGUUCAAUAAUGUCAGAGGGAGGUUCUUCGCAUACCGGCCGCACUUUUAAUAUACAUAAAUCUAUAUGUACAUAUGCGUACGUAACUACUUUACAGUAAACCAAUAUGUAACAUAACCGUUUAAGCCGUUCUAUUAUUACAUGAAGAAACAAUCAUUUAUACAAUCACAACCCUGAUCGAAUUUCAAAAUAUAUCUUUUUAAACAAGUGAUUUUAAUCUUAUGCCUGUUAUGUUGUUGUAAGUAAAAAAAAAAUGAAUAAUCGAAUAACCCUGCUUAUUUUUAUCAAGACUAAUGAGACUUAUAAAGUUGUUCCAUAUUUCACAUAUCCUCAAUCAUUUCCGGUCUUCGCAACCCUAACCUUUGGUUUUCAGGUGGAACGUUGCCACACAAAGCAUUUUACCGAACCGUGAUUUUGUACUUGUGUCAUGUAUACCGUCAUACUAUUUCAAUACAAUUUUUACAUUUUGAAAUUGAAAAAUAAUUAGUUGUUUUGAAGAGUCGACGAAUAUGUAACUCUGGAAUUGAGAAACGAACGUUUAUAUUAAUUGUAUUAUCGUUUGAAAAAAAAUUAUAUCGUUGUAUUAAACCGAUGAAAGACCUAUAUACCUUCAACACUCAUUUUAAAAUUAUAUGUACUGUCAAAAUUCCUAAUAAUUGUAAUAAACUAAUGUUACUUAUUGAUACUUUUAAAUAGGUUACUGUUUGACUUAGGAAAUGUUAAUAACGCUAAGAUUACCUAUUGUACAAGUUACUUAAACUUAAAUUUUCGAAACUGUGCUAAAUCAUUCGCAGGAGAGUAUCUUAUAAAUCAAUAAAACGGAGAUUGAUGACUAACUUUA